AGUAACGUUCUAUCCGCAAUGCAUUUUGAGGCACUUUUUUUGUCUAGGGGGGAUACCUCAGAAGGCUGCAGCAGUGAAUAGCCUAUAACAGAAUGCAGUGUGAUACAUCACCACAAGAGGACCCCCGCUUGCCUUGAAGGGUUUAUAUUGAGCUGCAGUUAUCUUCACAUCAUAAAUCUCACCUCCACUGUACGCUUCUUUCCCUUCUCCUCCCGCUGACCUGAAACUUACAUAAGCGCAAGAGAGAUUCAACAGGCAACACCUAGUGCAUCCAUCCACACAUUGCAGUCAUGACAACGGAAAGAGAAUCAAUGUUUCCUGAUCAAAGCGACUUUGAGUAUGAUUAUGAGACACUUCGAACUACAGGGGUUAUCAUUGGUGUGAUCUUGUUUGUCUCUGGCAUCCUUAUAGCUCUUACUCUAAUCCAGCAGGCACCCAGAUACCAAAGACAGAGGGUGAGCUCCCUGUGCCUCCUCAAACGGUAUAGAAGAAGUGUGUAUGGGGGCAUGGUAGACUCAUCAUGGGAGGUGUACCAAAGAGAGGCUGAAUGUGUGCAAACACAUACUCUGACAAACGUGUUUAAGAUUGACACACAUCUGUGCCCGCUGGAACAUCAUCUAUGGUGCACACUCAGACCAAGCUGGCCAGAAGAAUGACUGAUUUGUUUUUCUUGAUAUGAAUAAAAGUGGCCUAGCCUGCAGAUUUUGGGUUCAUCAAUGCGCUGGGGUCAGCCCCUCGGUUACUUCAAUCUGCACAUAAUCUACUAACAGCAAAAAACCUGCCUGGUCCAAGACCAGCUUUCAGGUGCGCUACUGUCCAUCAUGAUGUGAACAGUGCUGAAAAAUAAUGCUGUUGUUUUUUCUCCCUCCCUUGCUUUAAACAUACACAUACAUUCAAGAAAGUU